UAAUAACAAUACCACACAAAGAUUUACGUAAUUUAUACGAGUUUCAGAGCCGAUUUGAACUUAUCUUACAGAAGGUUUUUUAAAUAAGUUCUUGGUUGCCAUUAUUGUUAUAAACAUGGGUACAUUACAGUUAGAGGAGCCAAAACCUAGCCAAUUCGCGAGCUGGGAUACUGGCAUCACACCAACAGCGUCGAUUGAUUUUGAUAAACCACUCAUCGAUCCAAAUUCCAACCAACUCACAGUUUUAAAAACGAAUGAAAUUCAUACUAACCGUCCUAUAAUACCAGCGACGGUAUAUGAAAAACUGGCGUUUUACCGAGCGUACGUUUCAUCACCGAGUAAAACACAAAUAAUAUGCACGCAGCAGGCUCAGUUUAACAAAUACUUAUGGUUUCAUAUCAUGAACGUCUUCUGCAAAAGUUUGCCCAACACGUACAUCUAUAUGUUCUUAAGUUCCUAUGUACCUGAUCAACAUUUGUUCUUAUCGAAGAUGGUACCACUUGCUUAUGGAACAAACUUGGCGUUCGUUGUAGCUGGUUUAAUUUAUUUAGUUUUAUACAUCGAUACAGUGGUUUUUCUAUUGGAUUACAUAGUCUGUGGUAUACUUUACAAAAACCCUUGGAACAGGUGUUAUUCAGAAUACGUAAAAAUUGGUGAAAAUGUUGCCAAAUGUUUGGACAUAGAAAACUUUUAUCAAGUCACAAAAAACGAAACAUUGAUCUUUGAAAGUGGAAUCUAUCUAACUGCUAGAAAUGUAUCGUUCCAGUUGGCUCCUAUUGUAUAUCACAGACAUCGAUAUGCCGACUUACUAAAUACCAGCCUCUACUUCGUAUUUCUUUGGAUAACUGCCAUAUUUAAUUACAAACAAUUGUACAAUAGACGUAUUUGGAAAAUGCUUAACAACGUGCAAAUGAUUCUAACUGCUUUGUACCUAAUUACAUUUACACAUUUAGUGAUUGCAUAUUUUGAAACCGACCUCAAAAGUAUACCAAUAACUUAUGACGAAGAAGUCCGUAUUAUUUGGGCAGCUGACACCGACAUUUUGUCAGAAUCAAUGACCGCGCCACCCAUCGUGCACGUGUUGACGUCUCGGAGCACUUCGAAGAUUAACCCGGAUCGUGAUAGUAUCGCAAUGAUCUUGUCUAAUUCCCUAUACUACAUAUUCAGAGGUUUACUGGGCUAUAGACUGAAGAUACACUGUGAAAACAUGGUGAAAUGUCCAAUAUUUUUAACGGAAUUUAAUCCAAAUUCAUAUCUAUUUCUAUGGCCUAUAUAUUUUUCCGCAUUCUACUUGGGGAAUUUUUACACACUUUUGUAUUUCACAUUGAGUUUCUUAAUGGAAUAUCUAACAAUAAUAAUAACAAUGCAAUGUCUGAUUGAGAUAAUUAUAUUUGAAUGGAGAUGGGCCAACAGAAUUUUGGUGUCUGUCGCUUUGUGCAUUUUGGGUAUUAUGUACAAUUAUAUCACGUAUUUCGUUUUUCGCAUUUUGCUGUACAUGUACACUAUAAGUUCAGUGACCACAUUUGAAGUAAUAUUUAUUUACUGCUUGUAUCCUCUGGGACGUCUAGUGGAUGAUAUAACCUUCUUUCACGGAGUGUCGCCAACUAAAUUUAGAAUUAUAAAUUUCCGUAUAGUACCUGUUUAUUACUUGAUAAAAAUGUACGAAAUGUUUAAAGGAUUUUUCCACGUUUUCAGAUCAUCUGAUUACGCAAAACUCUUCAAUUUUGAACUAAUAUUUUACUCAAUGUCAAUCCCUUUCUUGUUAGGAGCAAUAUACAUUUCGUUUGUGCACGUGUGUGUGAAGAAUAAGAGCUUCAAAAGUUUAAUUAAACCAUUACCAGGAUGGGGUCCAAGAAAUGUCUACAUCAGGCAACUUAGAAAGAUGUACGAUUCUCGAUAUUACGUUGGAUCUCAAGCACCAAGAAACCUCAGUCGUUAUAUGAUACAUCAGACGAGUUUAGACUCGUAUCGGCUUGAUUUACAAUACGAUCAUUACGUUCGGAAAUCAACGUUGAGUUUAACCGAAGUAAAGAAUGAAGACGAGAAAAAACGUAAAUAAAUUUAUAUCUAGAUAUUAAUUU